AUGGAUCCAAAUGCGUUCACUGCGAGUUUGUUCAAGUGGGACCUCCGUGGCAUGGCUGUUCCGCCGAACCGGCUUCAGCUCGAGGCGGCGGCCGCGGCCGCAGUUGCUCCCCAACAAGUCGCCGCGGCUGCCGCAGCCGCUGGUUACUCGGUGCGGGCGCCGAGGGAGACUGGGGGGCUGGAGGAGAUGUUCCGGGCUUAUGGAGUGAGGUACUACACGGCGGCAAGGAUAGCGGAGCUCGGGUUCACUGUGAGCACGCUUUUGGACAUGAGGGAUGAGGAGCUUGACGACAUGAUGAACAGCGUGUGUCAGUUUUUCCGGGUGGAGCUACUCGUCGGGGAGAGGUACGGCGUCAAGUCUGCCAUCCGAGCUGAGAAGAGACGACUUGAGGAGGAGGACUCGCGGCGGCGCCACGCUCUCUCCGGUGACACCAACGCUAUGGAUGCUCUCUCACAAGAAGGGCUGUCGGAGGAGCCAGUGCAACAAGAGAGGGAGAUGGUGGGGAGUGGCGGAGGAGCAGCAUGGGAAGGGGGUACGGCGGCGGAGAGGCGGAAGAAGCUGAGGAGGAUUAGGAGAGGUGGUGGGCAUAGAAGUAGUAACGAGGGUAUUGAUGAUGAUGAGGAUGAAGAGAACGAUGACAGAAUCAAUGGAGGAGGAGGGGAGCGCCCGGGUAGGGCAUUAGGUAUGAGGGGUAGUGGGAGAGAGAGACAGAGGGAGCACCCCUUCGUCGUCACGGAGGCUGGGGAGGUGGCACGUGGCAAAAAGAACGGACUGGAUUACCUCUUCCAUCUCUACGAGCAGUGCCAUCAGUUUCUGACCCAGGUCCAGAACAUUGCCAAGGAGCGCGGUGAAAAAUGUCCCACCAAGGUCACAAACCAGGUGUUUAGAUAUGCGAAAGAGGAAGGAGCGAACUACAUCAACAAGCCGAAAAUGCGGCACUACGUUCACUGCUACGCGCUGCAUUGUCUGGACGAGGAGCGUUCAAUUGCGCUGAGGCGUGAGUGCAAGCUGCGAGGAGAGAACAUCGGGGCAUGGAGGCAGGCGUGCUACAGGCCUGUUGUGGAAAUAGCUGCAGGCCAAGGUUGGGACAUUGACGCCAUUUUCAGUGCACAUCCUCGACUAUCUGUUUGGUAUGUUCCUACCAAACUUCGUCAGCUUUGUCACGCCGAACGCAACAAUGCCGCUGCCUCUAGCUCCGCCUCAGGUGGAAGCGGUACUGCUGAUCCGCUUCCCUACUGA